UCGUUUCCAGCUCUCACGCUCGAUCAACUCCAAAAACUCUCGGUCUCCUAUGGAUUGUCGGUGCAUAGGCAGGACUCGGUACGCGCUGCAGGUCAAGUCUGGGGGCGCAGGGGAUAUAGCCGCGGCACCGCAGGCACUGCACCUGCACCGCCGGUUUCCCUCUGAGCGUCGGCGACGUGGCCAGGUCGAAACUCUCCCCGCAGCGGUAUGGGCUAUCGUGACACGACCGUCGUUAGCGCACCCGUCCAGCACGAGA